GAUGCGAUGCGCACACAUCGAAUCCUAACAUAACCCAAGACUUUAUUUUGCCAUUAAUGUUUUAAUAAAGGAACAAACAUGUUUGAGGCAGCAGAAAUAAACGCUGAACAUAAAGAUUUGAUACACGAUGUGGCGUACGAUUUCUAUGGUAAUCGUAUGGCGACAUGUUCCAGUGAUCAAUACGUGAAGGUUUGGGAUCAGAUAGGAAACGAAAAGUGGACCCUAACAUCAAGUUGGAAAGCUCAUAGUGGAUCUGUAUGGAAGGUGACUUGGGCCCAUCCAGAAUUCGGCCAAGUCCUUGCAACAUGCUCUUUCGAUAGAACUGCAGCAGUUUGGGAGGAAAUCAUUGGAGAAACUCCUGGACCUGGCGAGAGGGGUACCAGACAUUGGGUUCGAAGAACAAAUUUAGUUGAUUCAAGGACUUCAGUUACUGAUGUCAAGUUUGGACCGAAAUGUUUAGGUUUGCAAUUGGCUACAUGUUCAGCUGAUGGAAUUAUAAGGAUCUAUGAAGCACCAGAUGUAAUGAACUUGAGUCAAUGGACUUUACAACAUGAAAUUACAUGCAAACUUUCAUGCAGUUGUUUGAGUUGGAAUCCAAGUUUAACAAAUAAUCAUCCACAAAUGAUUGCAGUUGGUAGUGAUGACAAUACUGCACAAACUGGUAAGGUCUUCAUCUUUGAAUAUAGUGAAAACAGCAGAAGAUGGAUGAAGAUUGAAACUAUUAUUACCAUAAUGGAACCAGUGCAUGAUAUUUCAUUUGCACCAAAUCUUGGUAGAAGUUAUCACAUUUUAGCUGUAGCUACUAAAGAUGUUAAGAUUAUCAAUUUAACACCCAUCAAAGAUAAUUCUAGCAUCCAAAGUGGUUUAACAAAGUUAGAUGUUCAAACUGUAGCGCAGUUUACUGAUCACACUUGCACGGUUUGGCGCGCGAGUUGGAACGUCACCGGAACAGUACUUGCAACAAGCGGCGACGACGGAUGCGUCCGCAUGUUCAAAAUGAACUACAUAAACUCCUGGAAGCCAGUGACGGUCCUGAAAGGAGACGGUGCAGUGAUCCCUAACGAUGCGCACCGCGGAUCAAUUGCAUCCUCGACCGGUGUUUUAACUCCUCCCAUUACUCAAACUGCCAGUUAUAACGAUUCGGGAAGUAUGGUUCGAAACGGUGUCAACUACACAUUGAAGCCGACGAACUGUCCUCAGCACAUCCCACCUCGCUUAUUUAAACGUAUACGACAAAGUUUUAAUUCCAUUUAAAUCAAUUGUGGUAGGUUUCUUUCACUUCGCUCCAUAAUCUGAUCUUCUUUUUUGGCGACAAACGGUGUUACUGCACCUUGCAAUAUAUAUUUAAAGAAAAAAAAAACGUAGUAUUUCAGAAUACAGUAUUAUUUACACGCUCUUCUCAGCGGGUUGUAAUUUUUACCGUAUGUUUACAAAAUCUUUAAAAAAAAUCAAACUUAAUUAAUGUUUAAUUGGAUUUACGAGAAUGAUCAUACUUAAUUCGGAUACACUUAGUGUCGUUUUAUAUUUAUUUACACUUAUAAUAUUAGUUUUCAAGUACAAUUUAUUAUUGCCAAAUUUGUAUGUACCUUGCCUACGAUGUGAUAAUUAUUUUCAUAACUUAUUUCUACAAACUCGAAGUUUUUCUAUCUACACGUAAUAUAAUUUGUUGCAAACAUGUCCAAUUUAAAAUAGCCUUUGAGUAUUGUAAUCAUGUAUUCUCAAAUCUACACUGAAACAAUUGUCCAGGAACGGCGAUACAAAUAUUUACAUUUGAGUACAGCAAGACCUCGUUUAGCGUUUCCUCGAUUAUAACGAAAAAUUUACUAUAUAUGAAAGUGAUUUCGUUUAACUUUUUUUCGUUCAGUGCGUUCCUACAUCCUAAGCACUAAACGAGGUCUUACUGUAUAUAUAAAUAAUUAGGGUAGAGUUUGCUCAAGUCGAGAGUUUAACAAACAGGGUAUUUUUUAUAUAUUUAUUGAAUUCAAUCCAACAUUUCUUGCGAAAUAUUAUAAUUUUUUUAUUUAUUGCGUAACCAACGUUGCCAAUAUUGAACACGUUUUAUUAUUUAAUUUAUAUCAUAGUUAUAUCAAACGGUUAGUGAUUUUUCAUACAAGGUAAAACUAAAUUGUGAUUGUUCGAGAGAAAUUUGCGUCCGUCUUUCAAAAUUGUGUCCGAUAAAAGGGUGUAACUUCUAGAUAAUAUAUUUGUUUUAUAUAGGAUAUUGGAAAGUGGGAAUUUACUGUGUAAUUUAUGUGUUACACUUUUUGGCUGUUACAAAAUAAUAAUAAUAAUAAUAUGAUAUAUCAAAAAUUCUAAAUCUAGGAUAGGUGAAUUUUUAACAAUCGACGCAUUAGUAUUUUUUUCUUUAGUCUUAGGUCGAAGGUCUUUAAACCAACUAACUAUUAUGAAUAAUGUAAUAAUCAAAGGGUGUAUGUUCAAUUUAUAGUUGUAUUAACGUAUUAAAAGUCUUCCUAUGUAUUGUAUAUCGAUUUUCAAAAUGUAUUCA